AUGCUGUCACGCGAGAUCAUCAAUAUCCAGGCCGGCCAGGCCGGGAAUCAAGUUGGGGAAAGCUUCUGGGAGAUGCUCCUGGCGGAGCAUGGUCUUGAUAAGUCCGGACUGUAUGUAGGAUCUGAUCCCCAGCAGAUCGAGAGGGCUGGGGUCUACUUCACCGAGGUCAAUCCCGACGGUCACUCAAAAUACGUGCCGCGAAGUGUGCAAGUCGACCUCGAGGCAGGCGUAUGUAAUAGGAUUCUAGGGGGACCUUUGGGGCACCUGUUCCGCCCGAACACGUUCUUGACAGGCGAAGUCGGAGCAGGCAAUAAUUGGGCAAAGGGAUUCUACACUGAAGGUGCUGAGCUUGUGGAUUCUAUUUUGGAAAUUGUUAGGCAACAGGCGGAGAACUGCGAAUCUCUCCAGGGAUUUCAAUUACUGCACUCGUUAGGAGGUGGAACGGGGGCGGGGCUCGGGUCGCUGCUGCUCUCGAAACUGCGUGAAGAGUACCCCGACCGAAUGCUUGCCACAUUCUCGAUAUUACCGUCUCCCAAGGUCUCAGAGACUGUUGUCGAACCCUACAACGCGCUGCUCUCGAUCCACCAACUGGUCGAUAGCGGUGAUCUCACGUUCUGCAUCGACAACGAAGCACUAUAUGACAUCUCAAUGCGCACGCUCAAAGUCAAGGCUCCAACGUUCCCGGAUCUGAACGGAGUCAAUUAUCGCGCGGGUGAUGUGCGGGGUCAGCACGAGUCUGCGCUUCCCCGGGCAGCUGAACGGCUGCACUUCCUCAUGCCGAGCUACGCGCCCCUGUACGACCCGAAGGCCAAGCAGUUCCAGAAGUCGUCCGUUCCUGAGCUGGUGCAGCAACUUUUCGACCGACGCAAUUUGCUGGUUGCCUGUGAUCCUCGCUAUGGUCGCUAUCUAACGGCUGCUACGAUCUUCCGCGGCAAGAACGGCUCCCGAGAUGUGGACGUUGCUAUACGUGAUCUACAAACCAAGAACUCUGCGCAAUUCGUCGAAUGGAUUCCGGAUAAUGUGUCGGUCUCUCUGUGCUCCGUCCCACCUGUAGGCCAAACGCAAGCCGCUACUGCGCUGAUCAACUCGACUUCCAUCCAAGAACUCUUCAAGCGCACGCUCACAGGCUUUUCCGCAAUGUACAAGCGCGGUGCUUUCCUCCAUUGGUAUACGGGCGAGGGCAUGGAUACGAUGGAGUUUACGGAAGCCGAGAGUAACGUCCAGGAUCUUAUUGCCGAAUACCAGCAGGCAAGCAUCACAUUCUCCUCCUUUGGUCGUGCAACAUCUCACAUCGUUUACCUUUGCAGUAUCAAGAAGCUAGCGUUGACGAAGACGAAGAAGUUGCGAUUCAGGAUCAUGGAGACCGGUUUGAAUGGCGGUAUGCCCCCGCGAUUCGUGGAUUUGAAGCAGGAAAUCGCCAGUUCGUAUCCUGACUUCGAGCAGCGGGCUACCAAAGCAUGGAAUGAGAUUCUAGUUGCGUUGGAGGAGGUUACGAAGAGUAUCGCAGAAGGGGGGUCCGAGAGCAUAGCCCAAGUAAAUUUUAGCCAAUUGGAUUCGCUGACAUCGUCCGAAAUAGAGAGCAUCAAGCGGAAGGGGUGCGUGGUGAUUAGAGACGUUGUAGAUGAUGCAGAGGCGAGAGGGUGGAAGGAUGCAUUGGAGGAGUUCAUCAAGUCGAAUCCAGAUGUUGAGGGCGUUCCUCCUGACAACAAGCAAUUUUUCCAGCUCUUUUGGACGAAGUCCCAGGUUCUCGCGAGGUCGCAUCCUAACAUGCUAGCGGCACAAGUUUGGGCGAACAACCUGUAUCAUAUUAAAUCUGGACGAACCCCAGAGGGAGUCGACCUUUCGACCCCACUAUCCUACGCCGACCGCUUCCGUAUCCGCCGCCCAGGUAUUCGCUGGGAUGUACACCCUCCCCAUGUUGAUGGGGGCGCAAUUGAACGAUGGCAAGACGAGCAGUUCAGAACAUGUUUUACCGAUAUACUGUCUGGGAACUGGCGUGCACACGAUCCGUAUGACUUAGAAGGUCGCCUUAACGCGCGUUCGUCUCUUUAUGGGCGCCCGAAUCAAUCCACUGUAUUUAGAACCUUUCAAGGGUGGCUUGCGUUAAGCGAAACCGCACCAACCCAGGGAACCCUCAAGGUCUUUCCCGAUGUGCUGAUAUCCAACGCGUACUUAAUCCUUCGCCCUUUCUUCCGCCCGCGGGUCACCGAGGAUCCCCAAGCCUUGCUUGACCCCCAAAACUGGGCGUUCGAUAUCUCUACGCCGGAAUUUCCUGGUAUCUUCCCUAGGGAUGGUGGAUUCGCUGGGCCUCGCCCUACCCCUGCACUCCAUCCACAUCUCAGACUCGAUCAAACGAUGACUUCCGUACCAGCAGUGAAGCCAGGAGAUAUGGUCUUCUGGCAUUGCGAUGUGAUUCAUUCCGUGGAAGAAGAGCAUACCGGUCAGGAAGAUUCUGCAGUGAUGUAUAUACCAGCCGUACCAUCAACGCCGCAGAACGAGGCUUAUGUCAAGGGACAAUUUGAUGACUUCGUGAAAGGUAAACGGCCGGCCGACUUCCCCAAAGGCCAGGACGAAAUCGGUUUCGUAGGGGUCGGGAGGCCUGAGGAUGUGGUGAAUCCUUUAGGAAGAAGGGCUAUGGGCGCUCCAGUAGAGGUGAUGUAA